AGUGUAUAUUGUUCCAGCAAUUCAUCAGAAGUGUUUUUUCUUCAAAAGUACAUUAAAUUUUGGGUAUUUUCUUAAAAAAUUAAACCAUCAAUUUAUAACUGGUCAUAUUUUUUCAAUUUGCUUUUUUCGGAGGUAAGUGUAAGACUUAAAUAUGUCGGCAAACAGCGAAAAUAGUAAGGAUAAAGUGGAAGAUUCAGUCGCAGCUGAAAAAGCGGCAAACGAUAUCAACAAAGAAGAUGAAAAAGCGGAUUUGUCGGAUGAAGAUAAGCAGUUGCAGGAGGAGUUAAAAAUGUUAGUGGAGCGAUUGCAAGAGACUAAAUCUGAAUUGUAUUUGCCAGCAUUAGAAACGAUGCGAAGCUUAAUACGAGCAUCGACAACCUCAAUGACAUCGGUGCCAAAACCAUUAAAAUUCAUGCGACCACAUUAUGAAACUAUGAAAGAAGUUUAUAAACACAUGCCAGAUACAGUAACACGUCAAACGUGUGCCGAUAUUAUCUCAGUGCUGGCAAUGACCAUGGGAACAGGAAAGGAAUGUUUAGUGUAUCGAUUCUUAUGUGAUCAAAAUGAUCGCAUAGGUGACUGGGGUCACGAGUAUGUUCGUCAUUUAUCUGGUCAAAUAUCAACGCAUUGGAAUGAAACAUCAGGCAAUUUUCGAAAUCGAUUGAUUGAUUUGGUCAAACAAAUCGUUCCAUACAAUAUGGCCCAUAAUGCUGAAGCUGAAGCAUGUGAUUCACUCAUCGAAAUUGAACGUCUUGAUUUGUUGGAAGAUUAUGUUGAUGAUAGCUCAUAUGAACGCGUUUGUUUGUAUCUUCAGGGUUGUGUUCCCUAUGUUGCAGAUCCGGAAAAUGUGACUCUAUUGCGUACUGCACUGAAUUUGUCACGCAAAUUUAAUCAGCAUACACAAGCCAUGCGUUUAGCAUUAAUGCUUAAUGAUAUGUCACUAAUUCGACAAAUUUUCACCGAGUGUAAAGAUUCGGCAAUUCAAAAACAGCUGGCUUAUAUGUUGGGCCGCCAACAAAUUUGCUUGGAAAUCCGAGAAAAUGGCGAUGGCAGUACUGAUGAUGAAGAGCUCGUAGAAAUUAUGUCCAAUUCACAUCUAAAUACACACUUUUUGAAUUUGGCCAGAGAAUUGGACAUCAUGGAACCGAAAACGCCAGAAGAUGUCUACAAAUCACAUUUAGAAAAUUCACGCACCACAUUCGGUUCAUCACAAGUCGAUUCAGCACGACAAAACCUUGCGGCAAGCUUUGUCAAUGGAUUUGUCAAUGCUGGUUUUGGCCAGGAUAAAUUAUUGAUGGAAGAUGGUAAUAAAUGGUUGUACAAGAAUAAAGAGCAUGGAAUGAUGAGUGCAACUGCAUCACUUGGUUUAAUUUUGCUAUGGGAUGUUGACGGUGGUUUGACACCAAUCGAUAAAUAUUUGUAUUCAGCCGAGGAUCAUAUUAAAUCGGGUGCUUUGCUUGCUUGCGGUAUUGUUAACUGUGGCGUUCGUAAUGAGGUCGAUCCAGCACUGGCCUUACUCACCGACUAUGUUCAUCAUACAAAUAGUACAAUGCGUAUCGGUGCUAUUUUAGGAUUGGGGUUGGCUUACGCUGGAUCAAAUCGUUCAGCUGUUAUUGAACUCUUGACACCAGUUCUUGCGGGUGAAAAGAAAGUUGCUCCAACUCCAGAAGUGUUGGGAAUCACUGCCCUUUCACUUGGGAUGAUUGCAGUUGGUUCUUGUAAUGCUGAGGUAACAAACACGCUGUUGCAAGUUAUUAUGGAACGAAGCGUGGCUGAACUGAAGGACACCUAUGCCAGAUUUUUACCACUUGGUUUGGGUUUAGUGUAUUUGGCACGCCAAGAAGCAGCUGAAGCUGUUAUUGCCGCCCUCGAGGUCAUUUCAGAGCCAUUCCGAUCAAUGGCAACAACAAUGGUGGAAAUCUGUGCAUAUGCUGGCACUGGAAACGUUCUUAAAGUCCAACAAUUGCUUCACAUUUGUUCCGAACAUUAUGAAAGUUGUAGCGAAAAAUCCGAUGAUUCGAAGGAAAGAAGUAAGGACAAGGACAAAGAUAAGGAAGCUGCUGCUCAAAAGGAAAAAGAAGAUCGUGAAAAAGAUCUGUCAUCAACACAGGCGAUCGCUGUUAUUGGCAUUGCAUUAAUUGCAAUGGGUGAAGAAAUUGGCGCUGAAAUGGCAUUCCGUUCAUUUGGAAACCUACUUCGCUAUUGUGAACCGGUCAUUCGUCGAUCCGUUCCGCUUGCUCUUGGUUUGCUAUCUGUUUCAAAUCCAAAACUAAAUAUUCUCGACACAUUGAGCAAGUUCUCACAUGAUAGUGAUGCCGAAGUGGCCCAUAAUUCAAUCUUUGCAAUGGGUUUAGUUGGAGCUGGUACAAAUAAUGCACGUUUGGCAUCAAUGUUGCGACAAUUGGCACAAUAUCAUGCAAAAGAUCCAAAUAACUUAUUUAUGGUGCGUAUUGCACAAGGCCUUACACAUCUUGGUAAAGGAACACUAACUCUCAGUCCAUACCAUAGUGAUCGUCAGUUAAUGUGUCCCGUUGCGGUUGCCGGUUUACUGGCAACACUUGUCUCAUUUUUAGAUGUUAAAAACAUAAUAUUGGGCCGUUCGCAUUACUUGUUGUACACUUUGGCUACAGCCAUGCAACCGCGAAUGUUGAUCACAUUCGAUGAGGACUUGAAUCCGUUGACUGUGCCCGUUCGUGUUGGUAUUGCUGUCGAUGUUGUUGGUCAAGCCGGUAAACCAAAAACAAUCACCGGAUUUCAAACUCACACUACACCCGUUUUAUUGGCAAUGGGGGAACGCGCCGAACUUGCGACUGAAGAAUAUAUUUCGUUAACCCCAAUUAUGGAAGGAUUCGUUAUCCUUCGCAAAAAUCCAAACUACACUGCAUAAAUAACAUGAUAACAUCUAAUGAAUUGAAUCACUGUUCUAAUUAUGUUAUUUCAUGCAUUAAAUAAUCGUCUUUCUCUUUUUUGACAUAUAAAAUAAACUUUAAGUUGUUCACUCAAGAAAAACAAAAUAAAAAUAAAACACAAACAUUUAAUUAAAGAAUGUAA